GUGUUAGUGUAGGGGUUAUCCUGUGUUGGUUUACGUGCACCUUGAGGGACUUGUGAAUCGAAUUUCUUGCAAGAAUGGCGAGCUGCAGAAUUUUUGGUGCUCUCACGCGAUUUUCGCGUACAGAUGCUCAUUUUAUCACCCGAGCAGCACAACAACAACCCCUUAGAACUCUCGCCACAGCAACACAAAAACACUUUAAAACGAAAAUUGUCGACAAUGUAGCCGUUAUUACUUUAGACUCACCUGGAGUCAAGGUUAACUCCUUGAAUGCUGAGGUCAUGGAGGAGAUCGCGCAGGUUUUAAGGGAUAUCGAGUCGAAUUCCGCUGUGAGCUCUGCAGUGCUCAUAAGCGGGAAACCUGGAAGUUUUAUUGCAGGCGCUGAUAUUACCAUGAUUAGCAAAUUUCAAACUGAAGACGAUGGUUACAAGGUUUCUAAAGAUGGCCACAGAAUUCUGAAUGCGAUAGCUGCAAGUAAAAAACCAGUGGUUGCAGCAAUACAAGGCAGUUGUCUUGGAGGUGGCCUGGAGGUCGCUAUGGCGUGUCACUAUCGUCUCGCCGUUAAAGACUCAAAAACGAGCUUAGGUUUGCCAGAAGUAAUGCUGGGCGUUCUUCCCGGCGGAGGUGGGACACAGCGACUACCGAAGUUAGUUUCUUUACCAAAUGCAUUGGACAUGUGUUUGACUGGAAAAAGUCUGAAAGCUGAUAAAGCGAAAAAAUUCGGUGUGGUCGAUCUUCUUGUGAAUAGAUUGGGACCUGGAACUGCUUCACCGGAAGAAAACACAAUGCAGUAUCUGGAAGAAACUGCGAUUAAAACAGCGAAGGAUCUUGCUAGUGGAAACCUGAAAGUCAAUAGAGGACCCAAAUCAUUAGUUGAGAAACUUACAAACUUGGUCCUUUCGGUGGACUACGUAAAAGAUCUAGUUUUCAAAAAAGCGAAAGCUCAAGUCAUGAAACAAACUAACGGUUUGUAUCCCGCUCCCUUGAAAAUCUUGGAGGUUAUUCGCACGGGUUUGGAUAAAGGACCAGGUGCGGGUUAUGAAGCAGAAGCGAAAGCUUUCGGUCAAUUGGCAGUUACUCCAGAGAGUAAAGGUCUUGUCAGUCUCUUCUUCGGCCAGACAACCUGCAAGAAGAACAGAUUCGGAACUCCGAAGAGUGCUGUGAAAACAAUUGCCGUGCUUGGUGCUGGAUUAAUGGGAGCUGGUAUUGCUCAAGUGAGUAUUGAUAAAGGAUAUAAUGUGAUUCUAAAGGACACGAAUCAAGCUGGACUGAACAGAGGCGUAGGUCAAAUACAAAAUGGUUUGGAAACUGCAGUUAAGAGGAAGCGAAUGAGCAGUCUUGAAAAGGAUAGGUACCUCGCGAAUUUAGACCCCACCUUAAAGUACGACCUCUUCAACAAGUCUGAUAUAGUGAUUGAAGCUGUGUUUGAAGAUCUUCAAAUCAAACACAAAGUGAUCAAAGAAAUAGAGGCUAACACGCAAGACUAUUGUGUUAUUGCCACGAACACGUCUGCCCUCCCGAUUACAAAAAUUGCAGAAGGCAGUAGUCGACCUGAUAAGGUUAUUGGCAUGCACUACUUUUCGCCUGUCGACAAAAUGCAGUUGCUAGAAAUCAUUACCCAUAAAGGAACGUCAACUGAGACAAUCAAAACUGCAGUUGAUGUUGGUUUAAAACAAGGAAAGGUCGUCAUUACUGUUGGAGAUGGUCCUGGUUUCUACACAACUAGGAUUCUGGCUGUCAUGACAACCGAAGGAAUUAGAUUGCUUCAGGAAGGUGUUGAUCCCGUGAUGUUGGAUAAACUGAGUAAAGGAUUCGGUUUCCCAGUGGGAUUGGCUACACUUUCCGAUGAAGUUGGUAUCGAUGUUGGUGCCCAUAUUGGAGUUUACCUUGCGAAAGCCUUAGGGCCCCGAGCCAUCGGAGGCGAUACAGCCAUUCUUGCAGAUAUGGUAAAACAUGGCUACCUUGGACGUAAGUCUGGAAAGGGCAUGUUCAUUUACGAAACGAAAUCCAAAAACCGAGAUGUCAAUAAUGGUGCGCUGGAUAUUUUGAAGAAGUAUAGCCUCGAACCGAAGGGAAGCACUUCUGAUGAAGAUCGACAGAUGAGGUUGGUUAGCAGAUUCGUCAACGAAGCUGUGCUUUGUCUGGAAGAAAAUAUCCUGGCCAACCCGUUGGAGGGAGAUAUUGGUGCCGUUUUCGGACUUGGAUUCCCUCCAUUCACCGGAGGACCUUUCCGCUGGGUCGAUUAUUACGGCGCGGGCAGAUUAGUCAAAAGAAUGGAAGAGUUCCAAAGUUUUUAUGGCGAUUCUUUCAAGCCUUGUCAGUUGCUUAAAGACAUGGCUAGUGAUCCCUCGAAAAAGUUCCACCCUCAAUAGAUAUCAAAACUUCCAAGAAAGUAAAAAUCCAAUAUGAGUGGAUGAAAAUUUUCUGAUCUGGCCUUGAGAUUUUCCCGCAUAUGAUGUUUUUUUUAAGCUUUUGUCCCACAUUGUAUCCGAAACGAGGUGUUUUCGCUUUACCACGUUUAUUUAAUGAAAACAUUAUCGCCUCGCUCUACAUUCAGGCAUCACAUAUACAGAGCCUUACUUGUUGAUGCAUUUUUGACAGAUUUUAUAGACCCGGAUCACAUCAAUAUUUUUGGACUAUUGUUAAUGUAUAAUAUAGUAUAGUUCGCUAUUGUAAGUAUAUUUUUAUUACAGAAAUGUUUAUAAAAUAAAUUAUAAUAGAAUUA